GACGUUAUGGAGUACAGAGUCUAUGAAAUGUUUUUAGUAAUCAUGGUCUCUCCAGCGUAUUUUCAUAAAGCAUACCGUUUUUACAGUACAGCCACAGUUUAAUAUCAUAGUUUUGCAUUUUUCUUUUUAAUUGUCAUCGUAUUUGCUGUAUAUGAUCACUAGAUGCUGCUUUACAACAAAGACAGUAUUCUUAGUUUCCCUGUGUUUGCAUUAAGGUGUUCUGUGUUCUGUAGUUCUUACUAAAUUAGAUGACAAACUCAAUUAACCAGAGCACACCUGCAUCAGGGUCACAAGAAAAAUCCUCACAUCAAAAAUCACCUGUCUCGAUUCCCUUGCUCCUCUAAGCAUCAGAGAGAGUCAUCUGAUCCAAGACCAAAUGUGGUCUUUUCAGUCCCAUUACUUCUUUGAUUUGAUUUUCAUUACUUAAAGGAUAGCAUAGCAUACUGUAGGAGGCAUUACAGGAGGGUGGAUCUUCAGCUUGCAGAAGUGGGUGAAUGUGCCUUUGUGUUUUAAAUUUUGGAUUAAGAAUAUACAGAUUGGUAAAUAAUUUAUUUAUGCUUGAUGUUUCUGCUGUAAACAACAGUUCCUAAUUGGUUGUUUAUUAUACGUUACAACACAGUGCUAAAGCAUGACACAAUUUUGUUGUUUCAUAAUCUUAAUCUUAAUCAAAGUGUUUUCUAUUUUGCUUUUUAUACUGUGACAUCACAGACAGCUGACAGCUAUUAAAUCUUUGCCAUGUUUUGCCAAAUUCCAGGGAUGCUUCUUUUCUCUCCCUGUGCUAAUUUAAUGGGUAAAAUUUAAUCUUAUGUUCUUCAGUUUCAUGACAGGAAUGCAAGGGGGAGGGUGCAUUAAAACAUGUCUGUGUGACAGGAUGUCAAUGCUACUGGUCCAUGAUGGACCUGGCUACAGCCCAUUUCUAUGCAAAGCAAUGUUAGAUGCUUUUCUUAAAUGGUUAUCUAGUUGUCUAUGCUAUAAGGUACAUGGGUUGUGUACAGCACAGGAACUGCACUUGGCAGUGGUUGUGCUUUUUGUGGUUACAGUAACAGUCAAUCAGGCAGUAAAUAUAAAAUGUCAGAGGAGCUGAAGCAGAAUAAAUUUUUUCAAAUAUUGUUAAGCGGAGUUCGUUCAGCGUUUUAAGCAACUUUAGCCAUGAGCCAUUGUUAACCUUUGACAGCCACCUUUCUACAGUACUUAAUUGUUGAAAGUUCAGUUCUGUUUAGGGACCAGCUUACACCCCCUGAUUUAACUGAGUUAAGUUAUCAGCAUUUUUUAUUUUCUUUUAAUUAGCAAUACGGUAAUUAUCACGGAAAACCAAGGAAAAUGGUUUAGUAUUUCUUAAUUAGUUGUGUCACAGUUCUUUAUUUAACUGAGGCUACACUUCACCAUUUUUAGCCAUGAAUUCAGUUUAGGAGUAGUUGCCCAAUAUAGAUAUAGUAUGGUACAAUAUAAUAAUAAUUUUGUUUUUUUAUUACUCUAUUAUGUCUUAUGUAUACAUAUCUGAUUUAAAAUCACUAAAUAGCACAUUAAUAUGUAAACCUUAAAUUGAUUUACCCAGAUAGACUUGACACUGUAGAGUUUUUUAGAGUUCAGUGAGGAUGCUGUAAAAUGUCCUUCCACAUAUUGUACCUUGCACAAACUCCACACUCGGCUGCUAUUCAGGUCAGUGCUCAACAAAGGAAUUUUAUUGAGCCUUGCUCAUUUGACAGACAAUUAGCUGUAUUACCUGAUAGUAGAUUGGAGGGCAGCUGAACAAACCAGCUCUUGUGCAGCGUCAGACAAACAUGAGCAUGUUUUUUUAAUGCUGAAGUAAUAAAACAUGAGCAGGCUUUAUUGCCCUGACAACCGUUACAUGUUUUUAUGGCCCCUAACUGCAUUAAAACAUUAGAAGUAUGGGCUAGACAUGCUUGUUCUUCUGCCUGCCUUAUGCAGCCCGCCUCUGUUGCAGUGUGCACUGUCUCUUGAACAAUCAAUAGGCAGCCAACAUCAUUCCAGCGUCAUCUCCAUGGAAACGAGCUCUAGACGUGAUAAUGAUUGGGCCCCGUCUUAAAGCCUGCCUUUUUGUGAUAGGACGACGGAAGCAGUCGUCCCUACCCCCCUCCUCUCAGCGACACUCUUACACAUUUUUCCCUUCGUCCUCUUUCUUUACCUAUAUGACGCUGUAACCAAGAUGGGAUUAAACGGCUCUGUCAAGUCCUAUUGCAUCUGGAUGAAAGGUUUUUGACACCGCGGCGUGAAUGAGAGCAGACUCGCAGUUGAAGAGUCAACAUGCCACCCACAUCUCAGCCACACUGAGAAAAUAGGAGCGGGAAUGGAGACCUGUUAGUUGGGUCGUUGUUGUGGAUUUUUCACCAUUGCACGUCUUUUCUAAUUUGCCUUUUUUAUUUGGGCCUACAUGCGGGUGAAUCAGUGUAGGACCAGAACGGGACUAGUGUCUUCCACUCUCUGGAUAAGUACCUAUGAAAAUCCCCUUUAAAUGACAGAGCGAUAAGGCAUGAAGGAACAGCGAUCGAGCCUGCGCCAGCACACAUCGAGAUGGAGAGCCACGAGACUCCGGAAGCAUGUGAGCAACACCAGCAAGAGUUGAGGAGGCCAGAAGAGCAAGUCAAUAUGCAACCCAGACUCCUCUCGACCACCGCUGACGUGACUUCAACAUCAUUGUUGGGAAAGAGGCAUCACUCCCUGUACGCAAAUCUGAAUGGUUUUGAAGUAGAAGGGUUACAAAAGAAUGGUACAGACUGUGGGUUGUUGGUCCGUAAGAACUCUGAACUUUUGCAAGCCCUCGAUGAACUGGAGAAGACUUGUGCCACACUAAGGGAGGAAAAUGUCCUGCUGCGGAAGAGCAGUGCCCCAGAGACUGAGGAGAAGGUCAGGCGGCUAAGGAGAAAGAAUACAGAGUUGGCCUUUCUCGCAAAGAGGCUGGAGGAGAGAGCACGAAAACUACAGGAAGCCAACCUCAAAGUGGUAAAUUCGCCAUCAUUAAUCAGAACUGGAUCAGUGGAACAGUACAAAAGGGCAUUUGCCCGUCAGCGAGCUCGUGACCUCGCCCAACACGCUGAUUCACUGCUGUCUAAGGACAAAGAGAUUGCUGCCCUACAGCAGGAGUGCCAGGGCCUGGAGGAACGACUGGGCAUCACUAAGGGCUCCCCUAUGCCAUCUGGCAGAUUGGAAAUUGAGAAGCUGCUCAGGGAGUCUCAGAGGGAGGUGCUGCGGCUCCAAAGGCAGUUGUCUGUCACAUCAUCCAGACAGCAGCAGGAUCAUUGUCCUGACUUCAGUUGCCCUGAAAAGUGCGCAGAAACAGGGAACGAGGAGGGGGUGGAGAAGGUUGUAGAAAACACCCCAGGUGUGGUGUUAGAUGAAGCUCCAUCCAGGUGUGAGGGAACUCCAGGAGAGGAGGAGUUGGGGCUGCAAGUGACGCCCCCACCGGGCCUUAGCCCGACCCCCUCUCAUCCGGUGGUACAGGCAGAGGAGCAGCACCUGCAGCUUCUGGAAAGUGAGUUGAGCAAGAAGAGGAAAGAAUGUGAAAAUCUUGAGCAUGAAGUAAAGAAGCGACAGAAGCGAUGUCUAGAUUUGGAGAGCCAGCUUGAGGAUGAGCGAGGCAAAAAUGAGCAGCUAAAGGAGGAGGCAGAUCUCCUCAGGAGGAAGGCACAGCUGCUCGACCAGACUCGGGCUGAGAAUGAGGAGCUGAGGGAAGGUCUCUCUGAAGUGACCGCUCAACACAAUUCAGUUCUCGGGGAGAACCAGAGACUCCGUGCCAAACUGGAGAACCUAGAGCAGGUCCUAAAGCAUAUGCGAGAGGUCGCCGAGCGAAGGCAGCAGCUGGAAUUGGAACAUGAGCAGGCACUGGCUAUUCUUAAGUUCAAACAGGAUGAAAUCAAGCGGUUACAGCGGGCUCAGUUAUUUGCCAAGAGGGAACAUGAAGGAGUGGUUCAGAUGCUGGAGGACUUGACUCAGCUUGUAUUGCGGAGAGAGCUGUCAAAGGUACGAGAACUGGAGGAGAAAUGUCGCAGCCAGAGUGAACAGUUCGGCUUGCUGUCCCAGGAGUUGGAGAAGUUUCGUCUACAGGCCUCGAAGGUGGACCUUUCUAGCUCUAGCCUUCUCAACAACUCCACCCUUUCGGUUCUCACCAAUGGGGUAGGCCUCGCUGCUGAACGAGACUGCACUGGUGGCUUAUGGGACAUGGUGUCUCUGGGUGAAAUAGCCUUCUGGAGUCUUGAGGGUGGUGACACUCUUUCCUGCCCCGAGGAUGUGGCCGCAGCCCUGCGCAUGGGAGCCACCCCGCACGCGGCAGGCCUGUCCAGGGUGGAGCGCUCCCCUGUCACCAAGCAUCGAGAGCUGCCCACAAUCAGUGUCAGCAAGUCAAGCUCUGCCUCCAGCAAGUCAGAGACGGCACACCUCACUCCCAAAUCUGACACCCACCUAAGUCCGCACAAAUCAAGCCCAACGCAUGAGGUGGACACUGCCAGCGAAGUAGAGGAGCUGGAUAUUGAUGUGGCGCCUGCACCUUACAGUGCCAGCAGAGGAGCAGCAAAGCUUCAGGUUUUCAUUGCGAGAUAUAGCUACAAUCCAUAUGAUGGCCCCAAUGACAACCCUGAUAUGGAGCUGCCACUCACUGCUGGAGAAUACAUCUAUGUGUAUGGAGACAUGGAUGAUGAUGGCUUCUAUGAAGGUGAGCUGAUGGAUGGACGGCGAGGGCUGGUUCCCUCUAACUUUGUGGAACGUGUAUCAGAUGACGAUGUCAUGAGCGCGCACCAUCCAGAGACGGGGGACGCGUCUCAUAACUCCCUACUAGACAGCAGUCUGCACAGUGCCAGCCACCAGCAUCACCUCCACACAGGCUCCUCGGCAAGGACAGAGGCCCCUGCUGCCCCUGGUCCUGCCUCAGCCCCCUCAGAUUCAGCAUCAGCCUUGCCUGUCCCAGCCCCUCUCACCAACGGCCUGGACUUGGAUUUGGAGGAAGUGGGAGUGGACAUUGUGCCUUACCCACGUAAGCUCACCCUCAUAAAGCAGCUUGCCAAGAGCAUCAUUAUUGGCUGGGACCCGCCACUGGUGCCGGCUGGGUGGGGCAACGUAUGGAGCUAUAAUGUGUAUGUGGACCAGGAGCUGCGGCUCAAUGUGCCCUUCGGUGCUCAAACCAAAGCGGUGCUGGAGCGGCUGGACAUAAACCUCAAAGCCUACCGCGUGUCAGUGCAAAGCCUGACGGAGAAGGGACUCUCGGACCAGCUGCGUUGCAGCAUGCUGGUCGGACGGGACGUUUGUGUGGCGCCCACGCAGCUGCGCGUGGAUAGGAUCUCCGCCACCUCUGCCAACCUGACGUGGCUGCCCAGCAACAGUAACUAUGUGCACAUUGUGUCCUUGAACGAUGAGGAGUGUGAGCUGGUGAAGGCCGGCUGCUACUCGCUGUGCCUCAAUAACCUCUUGCCCAGCCUGCAGUACACCAUCAAAGUGGAGGCACGGCCACACCGAACACCAUGGGAGUUACCUGUGGAGCGACGCGAGCACAGAAGCACUACAAUUACCUUCACCACACUGAUGGCAGGUCCCCCUGAUGCUCCUCUCGACGUGCAACUGGAGCACGGUCCUUCUCCAGGAAUCGCUCUCAUCAGCUGGCUGCCGGUCACUAUAGAUGCUGCUGGCACCUCCAACGGAGUCCGCGUCACUGGAUACACUAUCUAUGCUGAUAGAAAAAAGGUUCUGGAGGUAUCUUCCCCAACAGCAGGUAGUGCUCUGCUGGGACCCUCUCAGAUCCAGUCACUGCAGGCAGCUCAGGAGCUCACUGUUCGCACCACGUCUGCGCACGGGGAGUCCUGCGACUCUUUCCCAGUCAAUGUGCCGUCCAAGCUGGCUGCCAUCAUGGCAGGCCCAGUUGUCACCACCCCAGUUGUGCCAGCCCCGUUACCUUGCACCCCAGUAGGUCCCAGUAACCUGCCCUUGAUGUCGCCCUACGUGAACUCUGCUGAAAAAGUGUCCAUGCUGCCCAGCACUUUGUCACCGGACACAUGCGUCCCGGGUCUCGCAGUGGGGGCUACUGCCAAUCUUCCCCAUGCUCCCCACUCAGAGGAUCAUGUCUCAUCCACCUCAUAUGUGAAGGCCUGGGCCAACCUCUCAUCUGCUGCUGCCCUGUCUGUGUGUGAGGCAACUGUACCAGUAACCACCACCAUCACACCAGUGGUUAAAGUGACCUCCCCUACUACAUGUACAUUGCCAGUUAUGGCACCUGAACCUGCACCAGCACAAGUAACAACAGCAGCAGUGUUGGAGCAGCGCAGAGAUACAGACAGCCCUGGAACAAUAUGUCCUUUCCCAUCUAUCACAGAGUUCAUUGAGGACCCAAGUGCCAAGCUCGGGACCCCUGAGCGCAUCCCUACCCCACCCAAAGCUCCCAUCAAUGACCUCCUUAACCCUCAGGAUAUUAAUCUCCUCAGACCACCCAGUACUUCACCUCUGGAGUCAGAGGUAGAGGAUGAGGCAGAAAACACUCGAUUGGUGUCCAUUGAGGAGUUCUUGAGACAGGACCAAGAGCCGGUCUACACCAGGGCAAAGCAGAGUUAUGGCAGAGGUCUUGUAGAGCCUCCCAACGACUACAAUGCAGACAACAGCCGCUCGGACCUGUCAGACAUUCUGGAGGAGGAAGAGGAGGAGCUCUACUCUGACCAUCUUGGGGAAGCUCACACUAGGGGAUACACAGCUGGAGCAAACAGGUCAUACAAGUUGAAGACUCCAGACAGUGAUGAGGAAGGUCUUGAGAGGAUUCUUAAGUUGCCCCCUCAGUUGCCCCCUCAGGUGUACCACAACAAGCAGCUCUUCAGCAUUCCUGAAGUGACGGAAGAGGAAGACAGCAGUCAAGAGCCUUUAACCCACCACUCUCAGCCUUGGCCCAGGCCAAGCCACUUUUACCCCAGAGACUCCAAGCGCCAUGCCACUCAGCAUCACCCACAUCCCUCCAAUCCCAACGCACAUCCACACAUUCCCGCUUACCAUCACCACUCCAACAGGGAUCCAAGAUCUGUCACCAAAGAGCCUUUACCCAGACAUAGACCCUUACAGGUCAAGCCUAAGACACAGCACAGGGUGCACUACACAGACAAAGCGGACACCAUUGGUUAUUCUGAGGAUGACGACAUGAGUUUAUACGAGGGUCCCACCAGCAGGAGGGUCCCAAUCCGCUGUCCUCCGCAGCCACCUCCCAACAGAGACAGACAAUUGCUCAAAGGGUUAGGGGACCGCCUUAGGAGGGAGGCCAUGCUCAGGAGUCAGAUGGCUGUAGCUGCAGCAUUAAACUUCAGCCAUGGCCUCACCGUGCCAAGAACCUACCCCAUCAGCAAAACAGUACGGUCUCUGAAGUCACCUGUUGGUCGUGAGGUGGAGAUUGACGUGGAGUACGGCACAGAUGAUAACGAGGACCCUGUGGAAUACACAUCCCGGGAGGUGGUGGUGGAGCAGAUGAGCUCAGAGUGGUGGGUGGAGGGCUCUCAAACGGAGCACUGCAGACUUCCUCAGAGCCGAGGGAUGAAGGUUGACCCACUGGAGCACAGUCAGAUCCCUGCAGCUGAGGCAGGUCCAUCAUGGGAAGCGCAGCCUGAGCUUGCUGCUAAACCGGCAUGUGUGCAGGCCAGGCAACACAAAGUCCUCUCUGUGUCUGCAGGCACUGUUGAUUUGCCAAAGAUGAAAGGAGACAGUGACGUACGCAUCUUUGUGGCCCUCUUUCCCUAUGAUCCUGCCACCAUGUCACCUAAUCCUGAUGCUAUGGAAGAGGAGCUGCCCUUCACCGAAGGGCAGAUCAUCAAGGUCUACGGAGAUAAGGAUGCAGAUGGGUUUUACCGAGGGGAGUCUGGUGCUCGUCUGGGCUUUGUGCCAUGUAACAUGGUGUCUGAGAUCCAGGUGGAAGAUGAAGAGACUCGGCAGCAGCUGCUGCAGCAGGGCUUUUUGUCCACAGCGGCCUCAAUGGAGAAAAUAGGCUCUCGCACACACGCACAGCUUCCACGUCGCCCUGUUCCACCGCCGAAACCGAGACGAUCCAAGAAAGUGGAGUCUGCAGUGCUUGGGGAGGAGAACGUAGACUCCUCCAGGCAAGAUUCGGGGCCGAGCGCUGCAGCUGUGGGGAACUCGGCCCCAGGAGCUCGAAGGAUGGUCGCCAUCUUCGAUUACGAUCCACGAGAAAGUUCCCCCAACACUGACAUAGAGGCUGAGCUCACAUUCAGUGCAGGAGACAUAAUACUGGUGUUUGGAGAGAUGGACGAAGAUGGUUUCUUCUUCGGAGAACUGAAUGGACACAGAGGUUUAGUACCAUCCAACUUCCUGCAGGCUGUACCAGAAGAUACUCAGCCUGCACCAGAACCCAAAAGGGAAUCACAGGGAACCUCAACGUCUUCCACAGAGCUACAAGAUCCUAGGCCUUCAACAGCAGCAGAUGCUUUACCCCUCCAAGCAGAGCGUACCUCCCCCGAACCAGCAGACUGCCCAGACCUACCAACCGCUGGGAGUCCCGCGUCCGGCCCAGACCUGUCUCUAGGUCCUGCUGCAGGUCCAGCUGUUGCUCCAGCUGCAGCAGAGACUAUCUGCUCCUAUUCACCCCCCCUUCCAGCAGACAUCCCUGCGCAACCAGACUGCUCUGCACAAAGCAAGAAGAAGAAAGGCUUUUUUGCCAAAAGCAAGAAACUGUUUAAAAAGCUAGGAUCUAGCAAGAAAGAUUGAGAGUCGGGACACCUGACUCAAAAUAAGCAUUAUGAUGAAGCACUUUUAUUAAUUGUAUUUGGUAGUCAUUGCGGUUAGUGGCUAUCGGAUAUCGUAAAUAAUCAAUGCUUUAAACCUCAGUAAUUAUACAUUUGCCUUCGAGCACUGGUAAACUAGCUCUUAGAGUACUAUCCAACAUCAACAUACAGCUUACGCAACAGCAUGUAGACAUGCAUGUUGGUGUGUGUAGAAAUAUACUCCCUAAAAUAACUAAGGUUUGCAAAUUGUUAACUCGCUAUAGGUUUUAACGCUAAAUAUAAAACUCAUGAUUCAAAUUCCUCAUGAUGGAGUCUGAUGCAGAAUGUAAAUGAGCAGACUCAGACUCAGCUAAUAAAACAUUAGCUUUAAUGUUCCUGUACUGGUGCCACUUUAUAUCGGAAGCAGAUGUCUGUCUCUUCCUCUGUGUAACUAUAAGAAAAUGCAAUAUCCAUACUUAGUGGAUGUAUUUGACUUGUGUGUGUGCGCUAGGUCCCACACAUGCUCCUUGUCCCGAAGAUUAUUUAUUCAUAUUUAUUUGUACCAGACGCUGCCCUAAUCACCAUCACAUUGCAUGAAAUCAAUCAGGGCAGAAGCUUAGUUAGGGCGUGGCCAUCCACUUUGAUGUUUUGGGCUGUGUGUGUGUGUGUGUGUGUGUGUGUGUGUGUGUGUGUGUGUGUGUGUGUGUGUGUGUGUGUGUGUGUGUGUGUGUGUGUGUGUGUGUGUGUGUGUGUGUGUGUGUGUCAGACAGAGGCCUUUGUCAGACAUUACCAUGGGAACUCUCAAUGUUUGGAACCACCAUCAUAACCGGCCUGCUUGUUGCACAUUAGAUAUUUUCUGUGAUUAGGUGAGUGUAAGACCUGCUAAUGUUUUUGUUCCAUGUUCUGAGACAGUGAAUCAGGUAAAACUCUAAGGAUGAACGCAGCAUUAUUUUAUACACAUCACAGCUCUGACUUGCUUUGACUGCAUUCAAACUGAGCAGCCCCCAUCGGUGGCGCUGGCUGUGUCCUGUUAGCAGUGCGACGACCUUGCAGCUCGGGCUGUGUUCUCUAUCCGUGCGACACGGGGCCGUUAGGUGACCUCUCAGGUUUUUACUGGUGGUUUUGUAUUCACGCUGAGCCACCUGCUGAUGCUGGCUGUCCAACAAACGGCAGAACACGCCAAAACCCUUAGGUGCUUUGCCUGUUACCAUAGCUACUGUACAGGAGGGCGGCCAGCAACAGGGGAAGUGCGCUUGGGGUUCCAGACCUGAUUUCACUCUCAUGCUUGAAGUUUUCUCCAUGGGCAGUUGCACAUAAUGACACAAGUUGGAGACUUCUGUUUUAAUGUUGUGAAUGUUUGAGAAUGUCAUUGUAACAUAAAGGGAGCGUGACGAUGCCAAGGAGACACUUUAGAUGUGACAUAGCCGGGACUGAGGCAAGACUCUGACUGUACUGUAUUUAGUUUUAUUUAUGUCUUUCUGUGGGGGUUGGAUGCUCAAAAGUUGCCGACAUGUACAUUGCGUAUUCGUACUGAUCUUGUAUUUGAUGGCCUUUAAUGCACAAGUAUUCCUCUACCUGCUGUGUAGUGAGUGAAGCAGUUGAGUGAAGCAGUUAGAACCUAGUCCCACGUAGGUAGCGCCGUAGCUCAGCUGGUCGUAUUUAGCCUUAUGAGAAGACCUUGUUUAGUCUUAAUACAUUGUUUACAGGAUGUUCUUUGACUGCAUGCGUGUUCGGCCUUAUUCGAGUACUACAAUGUUAAAGUUACAGAUCAUCGAUGCAGUGGGAGCGAAGCUGUAGGAGCUUUCUGUAUAUAAUGAACAGUGUUGGGUAUAUUUUCAUACAACGCAAGAAGCUUUUUUUUGUCACUUGUGACUGAUUUAUUGUUUGAAACCGUUUUGACGACUGACCUUUUUUUAUAUAUUGCUGUUUUUAUUGCCCUUUUGGAAGCUCAUCUGUACAUAUUUUUGUUAUCAUGGUUUUUAUUUUAUUUUGCAUGUCCGAGCAGUAUCCACAAAGGGAAGGUAACUAAAGUACACAGAGGACGGUGAGGGGUUCUCUUUGAAAUGGGUCUUUUUACAGGAAUAAAGUAUGUAUAUUUUCACAGAAA